GUCAAUUACAAAGCUUCCAUUUUGUAAGGAUUAUUAUACUUAGAAAUUCUAUAGUAUUCAAUGAAGUACUUUAUUUAUUCAGGAUUAGUAUAAGUUACACCAAUAAAGACUAGAAGGACAGAAAAGGUAAUGAGCCAGUUGAAGAAUGUCAUUCGUUUUCAUCAAUGCCAUGGCCAGAACAUAGACCUCUUCGAAGAUCGAACCGUAGCCCUGAGAAGCAGAGGAUUCGCUGACGCUCUAGUCUUCAGCGAGAGGCCGCUGAGACCCGGAGAAAUCUUCGCUGUGGACAUUGAAUCCAAGGAGCGCGGAUGGAACGGCCACCUCCGCCUCGGACUGACCACCUUCAUCCCUUCACAGGAAGCGGUCCUGCCCAAGUACUCCUUGCCGGACCUGACCAACUCCCACCCUUCCUGGAUAUUCGCCGUCUCCAAGAGGUUUAUGUUCGAGCCCCUUCUCAACGACUGUCCAGAAGACACUCCGACGAUACCCGAAACGGUCCUGAAGCCCAAGACAUUCGUCCGGCAUGUGACUGACAACGGAAGCAGGCUGGCCAUCAUGUACUUGAAUGCCGGUAAGUUUGCGCAGAUGUAUUUCAUCUCGAACGGGGACGAGGUUAAGAUCUGCGCAGAGAGGAUACCGUCCCACGAUCCCCUUUACGCCGUGGUGGAUGUCUACGGCAAGACACGGCAGGUGAGGUUGGUCCAGAUCAGCAGCGUUAGGACUCUGCUGGAGGCUUCGAGGGACGCUAUCAUCUCCAGCCUAAACCAGACCAAGAAUGGCGUAAAACAAUUAGUGGACGAUGUCUGUCUUCCAGUUCACCUAAAACAAUACCUGUUGUCGCAUAGCUGAUGUCUGUCAUUUCUUCAGGAAACAUUAAAGUACAAAGAUAACUUUU